GUUCCCAGUUCUGGGGGGAUGGAGUGGUGUCUGGUGGUGAGAACUGGGAGGCUGGGAGCCAGGACUCCUGGGUUCUAUGCCUGACCCUGGCAGAGACUUGCUGGAUUGCUCCAGAUGUGUCUGUUCCCCUCUCAGUGCCUCAAUUUCCCUCUCUCUAGACUGGGGCUAUCCUUGGGCUCUCAGGUGUGAAACCAGCCAGUCUCCAGCAGGGCUGAACGCCGCUGCCUGUUCCUCACCCCCUCACACUCCAGGCACUGGCCCAGCCUCAGGCACCCUGGGGAGAGGCUCAGAACCAGGCAGGGUAGCAGCACCCAUGCCCGGCAUAGCCCCUGAUGUCAGAUUUCCAAAUGAGUAUGGUGGGGAGCCAGCAUCCACACUGCAGCUACUGCGGGCCUGUACCACCAGCAGCUGUGCAGGGGUGCCCGGAGCCCAGCCCCUGCCUUGGCCCCCCUCCUGGGGCGCUCUGCCUCCCCAGCGCCCAUUCCCUUUCUCCUGCCCUGCCAGGGGCUGUGCACCAGGGGGCUCUGGGGCCUGGGCAAGGAGCCAGAGCUCAGCCAGGCUCCGCUGGGCGUGCGCUCCUCCCCCCGGAGUGGGCAUGGUCCGCUCCCAGCAUCGAGCGGCUCGGAGCAUCCUCAAGGUACCACGGGCGCAUUGAAUUAGCUGCAUCCCGGAGGAGGCACAGGGAGCGGAGCCGUCUGCAGGGCGCCCGGGGCACCUGGGGACACAGGGGAGCCCAUCCCAGAGUCUCUCCAGCUCUGGCAGCGACCGUCGAAGGGUUCCCAUGAAGGGCGAAACCCCCGUCAACAGUACCAUGAGCAUCGGGCAGGCCCGCAAGAUGGUGGAGCAGCUCAAGAUUGAGGCCAGCAUGUGCCGGAUAAAGGUAUCCAAGGCAGCAGCUGAUCUGAUGACAUACUGUGAUGCCCACGCCUGCGAAGACCCACUCAUCACCCCGGUGCCCACCUCCGAGAACCCGUUCCGUGAGAAGAAGUUCUUCUGUGCCCUGCUCUGAGCCCUGCCUGCCCCACCCCUCAGCUACAGCCACCGUGUAAUCCCCUCUUAGCCUCUCCCCUGACCCUGCCUGGGUGAUUGGGCACGACUUCCCAGGUAGGGCCUGACCCACCGCCAAACUCUCAGGCCCUCCUAGGACCAACUUUGGAGCUGGGUGUUUGGCUGGGAACACUCCCCCAACCCACACAAACUUCCACAGACAGGGCACCUGCCCAGAGCACAAGCCCCCAAAGCCCCUCCCCUUCAGGGGGAACCUGCCCCACCCCUACCACACACACAUUAAAGCAGGAGGGGGUUUCACACCUCAUCCUGGCAGGAGUCACACCAAGACCUGCUCCCCUCUCCAGGUCUGAGGCAGCUGAAGCUGCAGGCCCAUCCCCAGCAGCAUCACACUGACCCCGAAUCACCCCAAUUCCAUUAGGGGGGAGGGUGUUAGCUCCCAGCCUGCUGCUCCUGGGUGCCAAAGGGGGAAAGAGGCCCAUCUCCUUCCCCCAGGGCUGGAGGGGCAGCGCCCAGAUUGCAGGGCUCAGCCGCCCCACACAAUGUAAACUGAGACCUUGAGAAUAAAGUAACAGGAGGCACAGAGCCUGGGGUGGCACAAGUGUUAUUGCGGCACCA